UCCUGUUGCAACAACAUGUCUUUGUGAAGCUGGAUUUUCAGCACCAGCAGCUAUCAAAAAAGCAAGGCUGAAAAUUGAAGAGGAGAUCAGGAUGAGCCUCACUUACACACACACCCAGCUGGAAAAGCUGUGCAAGAAGAAACAGGCAUGUCCACCCUAUUAAGAAGACUGCUGGUCCCCCACAGCUCAGAUCAGCGUGCUCCCCGGGCCAGGGACGGCUCCUUUGUUUAACCCCACACUGAUCACCUGGAGCCAACCCCUGGCAGCUGAUCAAAACCUCCUGCCAUUUCCCAGUCUCGCUGGUUGGCAGUUUUGUCUAACCACAUGCCUGCUGCGUGAUAUGGACAGAGUCGGGUGGCAAAUUUUAACUCACCUGCCUCAGGACCUCCAAAGGAGAGGAGAGGAGCAGGCAGCAGACUGGCAGCACCUCCAGGACCCAUCUGAGAUCAGUCCCAUUCCUCCCCUCCCCCAUGCUGGGUGCUGUACAGCCAUCCUGUGAGACAGCCGCUGCCCCAAAGAGCUUACAGUCUAAACAGACCAGCCAGAAACAGAGCGGGAGAGGAAAAUGAGGCACAGGGCAGGGAAAUGACUUGAUCCUAGUUACCCAGUAGGCCCUGGGCAGAGCAGGUCUCCUGGCAGCCAGUCCAGUGCUCUAUCCACUAGGUGACACUGCCUCUUAACUCAUGUUAUUCCCCAACUCUCCCAACCAAGACACUUGGUCCCAACAUGCUGUCCCUGCAGACACACUCCUAACCCCAUGAAUUCCCCACCCCAGACUGGCAGGUGCCCUGUCCCUGUCCACAGGGGCCAUCCUUGGGCUUUCACUAGACGGAGUCUGCAGCCAUGGGUGAAGCUAGCUGGACAUGUGAGCACAGGAUCCCAGGCUGGACGUCAGCUCUUCCCAACCCAACUGGACCCAGGGGGCCUGAGGCUUGGGGGUGGGGCCUGGAGGUGGGCUGCGGCAAGCGCUAGCUGGACUACCACAGUGUUAGAUGGUAUCUGCCUCCCCUCCUCACUGGUUCACACCAUCUGUCUCCACCCCACACCCCUCCCCUGCUUCUUCCUCCCCUGCCACCGAUAUAAAUCAGCGUCCUGCUCCUGCUGGCUUUCCUCCUUCUCCAGUGACCGGGCAGCAAUUGGACACCAGGCGGGGGUUCACUCCAUCCUAACCCCUGCCUGACUCUCGCUGCAGACACUUCAGUCAAAAUAAGCCAGGCUGCAAUGGCUGGAUCCCUCCAGACAGGUCCAUAUCCCUAGGAUGGGGCGACCUCUGCUGGCCAGGGAGUGUUUUGAGACAACAUGGCUAUUUGAGUACCAUAAUGAGAGGGCUGUGGGGUGGCAACGCGGCCCAGUGGAUCGGGACUCAGGGACCCAUCUCUGCCACCAAAUCAGUGGGUGAUCUCAGCAGGUUGGCCUGCCUGGCGCUGCCCCCACUGAGACUGCUGGGAGCGGGAUGGAGCCAUUUAACACCUCACGCUCCAACCAGACGGAACCCUUUAUACCGGCAUCAUGGCGAGCAGCCUUCCUGAUCGCCACGCUGGCCAUCGGGCUGCCAGCCAACGCCUUCAUCAUCUGGCUGACAGGGUGGCGGCUGCGGCGCCGGGGCCUGUCCGUCUUCAUCCUAAGCCUGGCCACCUCUGACUUCCUCUUCCUCUCCACCACGGUCAUGCAGAUCAUGGAGACCUUGCUGGACGACAACUGGGUGCUGGGCACCCCCAUGUGCCGCCUGCGCUACUUCCUCUACGACUUGACCUACCACUGCAGCCUCUUCCUGCUGGCUGCCCUCAGCGUGGACCGCUGCCUGCUGGUGCUGCUGCCCCUCUGGUACCGCUGCCACCGCCCCCUGCGGCUCUCCAGCUACAUCUGCUUGGGGGCCUGGCUGGUGGCCGCCCUGCUCAACAUCAAGAGCUUCAUCUUCGCCGACGUCAUCCGGUAUUCAGACGGGAUGCUCGUCUGCUCCAGCGACCGGGGCAAAUACGAGUGGCCCCUGCGCCUGCUGGAGGUGCUGGUGGAGGGACUCUUCCCCUUCGUUGUCAUGGUGACCACCCAUGCCGCCACCUUGUCCCGCACCUUCCGGCGCCACACCCGGCCCCCCAGCAAGUUCUACCGCAUUGUGGCCGCCACCCUGUCAGCCUAUGUACUGCUCAACCUCCCCUUCCAGAUCGUCCAGCUGCUCUUCCUGGUCUCCUGGGAGCAUGAGGAGUUCAACAAUCGCAUCUUCCCCUUCAUGGUCUACUUUAGCUACCUGAUCAACCUCAACAGCAGCAUCAACCCUCUCAUCUACAUCUUCUUCGGCUCCAACAUCUGCACGGGCUGCGGCCGCCACACAACCUCCUCCCUUGCCACGGCCCUCACCGAGGAGCAAGGGAGGAGCCCUGGGAACACGCCCAGCACGUCCUUCUCAGCCUAGCCUUGCCAACAAGACCCUGCUCUCCUCUCCCUCCAUGGCUCAGCCUCUGCUCUGGCACAGCUCCAGUUACCAGUCAAGUGAUCACUGGCUCCCCUCACAGGGCCUGGCCACAAUGCAGGGGGCGGGCUCUGUGCACGAUUGUAGGUUCACUAGUGCAAAGACUUGUGUAAAUUGGUGCAAGGUGGGGUUUGGUCAGGAGCAACCAGCUCCUGGAAGCUACCAGGAGAAGUCACACCAGUGCCAAGGCCCAGUUUGCCCCAUUUCCCCAGCUUAGACAAGCUCUAGCAGGGACAGAUCCUCAGCAGAUGCAAAGCAGGCCCAUCUCCACACAGGUCAAUGGCCCAGGAACACCUGGCCCUAGGCAAGGCAAUGUAAACACUGACGUGGCUGCAGCUGCCAACCCACAGGUGCCAGGAGACACUGCGGUGAAGGGGACUCUGCCCCUUUGGGCCUAUUUGUGCUUAGCAAUCUUGCCUUUAGGUGUGGCUCCAAGGUCACUGUGUUCUAAUACAAUGGCUGUUCUGCACACUACAGCCAGAUACCCAGCGCUGAGGGUACAGGUGCCCCCCUAACUCUGUCCCCUUGGGCCCCUGCAGCCUGACCGUUCUGACCUGCUGAAAGCAGGCCCAGGCUCCUCUUAGCACACAUGACCAUGACACAGAAGCUGCAGCCCAAGUGUAUGUUGGGAGAGGGGGCUGCAGCUUUCCAGGUGAGUGACCGCAGGUAGGGGCAUGGGGGAUCAAGGGGAGAAGGGUUCCCCCUGCUGAGCAAUCUCAGCCACACUGACACUGGGCUAGGGGGCUGAGAGCUGCAUCACAAGGUGUUGGAGGGGGAAGUGAUUUUUCUCCUACCCCCAGCUGGGGGCUCACCCACAUUUCCAAGGAACUGCCCAACUGCAUGGCAAAAGGGGAUCCAUCGGGGGCCUUAGGAUCCAGACCCCAAUUAGUCUGGAUCUGCCCAGUGACCCCAGUAGGACGAGACAGGAGCUGCAAAUUCAUUCCUGGAGUGAAGAAUGAGGAAGCAAGACAACAGCCCCUCUUUCCCACACAGGCCAUUGGCAGGAGUGAUUGAACCUGUGACCUUGGGAGCUAAAAACAUAAACCUCAACUGCUUGAGCUAACCUCCCCACUCUAGGAGGGGAGGGGUUGCUACUAACAGUAAUUUUCCCUCUGCUGAUACUCACCCCUUCUUGUCAACUGUUUGAAACGGGCCACCUUGAUUGCAUUUGGCCUCCUUAGCACUAC